AUGUAAACCCAUAUGCAAAAGUUUUUAGAAGAUUGAAGGACUAUCCAUCAAUGGAUGAAGUUCGACUGCAUAUCUCAAAGGAUGCAAAAUUAAACCAGCGCGUGUAUAAUUGUCCGACAACUGAUCAAGUCGCAGCAAUAUGGGUUGGAGGAAAUAAUGUUAAUAUUCCCUUUGAACGUGACAUUGUCAUUCAUGCACAUUCAGGUAGACAUAGAAUAAAGCAUUAUUUUGGAUGUUAUGAUCCACUGCAAUAUCCCCUCCUUUUUCCAAGAGGUGAUGGUGGUUGGCAUAAAAAAAAUUUCAAGUUAGCUUCUGAUGGAAAUUCUACGCAGAAAGAAGGUACAAUAUUAAUUUUUUUAUGUUUAGUGCUUUGUAUUUUAUAUAUUAAUAUGACAUUUUAUUUUGUUUUUAUUUUUGCCGAAGCAAUUGCAAGAUUACAACCUAUCAAUGAUGUUGAUGUGAAAGAGAGUUUGUCAAAAUCUCCCAAAUCCCCAAGUCUUCUGCCAAAGAAUCAAGAGGCGUCACAAAAAAAGCAAGUUCAAAGAAGAAAACGCGUCGCUGACAAGAUGAAGGAAGACACCGAUGAUA